AGGAAAGAGAGAGAGAGAGAGAGAGAGAGAGAGAGAUGGCUCCUUCGCACACAAUGGCCGGCGGCGAGAGUGGAGACAGCUACAGCCAACACUCGACGUAUCAGAGAGCGUUGCUUGAAGCUACGAAGGAAAAGAUCGACGAAGCCAUCACUACAAAACUCGAUCUCUACUUCACUUCCAAUAGCUUUAGCUUCAACGUAGCGGAUUUUGGUUGUUCCACCGGGCCCAACACGUUUGUCGCUGUCCAAAACAUAAUAGAUGCCGUAGGACACAAGUUUCAGGAGCAAACCCUAGAAAACCCUAAAGACGUCGAGUUCCAAGUUUUCUUCAACGACCACUCCAACAACGAUUUCAACACUCUCUUCCGGACACUUCCUCCGACCAGAAGUUACUUCGCUACCGCCGUUCCAGGCUCUUUCUUCGGCCGUGUCCUUCCCAAAGACUGUCUCCACGUAGGACACUGUUCUUAUUCGCUUCACUGGUUGUCCCGAGUUCCAAGAGGAAUCACGGCUCGCGAUUCUCCCGCGUGGAAUAAGGAUAUCCAUUGCACGGGAUUCACGAAAGAGGUCGCGGAUGCGUAUCUUGAUCAGUUCAAGGUCGAUUUCGGGGGUUUUCUGAGUGCGAGAGCUCAAGAAUUUGUGUCCGGAGGGUUGUUAAUGCUUCUUGGGUCGUGUCUACCAGACGGUGUUAAAAUGUCGGAAACGAUGAAAGGGAUACUCUUCGACUGCAUUGGAUCUUCUCUCAACGAUGUAGCUAAACAGGGCCUAAUCGAUCAAGAAAAGCUGGACUCAUUCAACAUGCCGAUAUACGUUGCGCAAGUGGGAGAGAUCAAGGAUGUGAUCGAGGAAAACGGGUGUUUCGAACUGGAGGCGUUCGAGAAAGUGAGCCACGCGAACGACGAGUUCCCGUUGGACGCAAAGUUCUUGGCGACGCUGCACAAAGUUACGUUCGGAGGGCUGUUCGAGUCGCAGUUCGGGAAAGACGCCGUGGAGAAGGCGAUGGGAUGUUUCGAGGGGAAGGUCCAAGAUUCGCUCCAAGAACUGGCCAAUGCCAAAGCCGGGAUGCAGUUCUUCGUUCUCCUUCGGCGAAAGUGAUUGCCGAUCAUUUGAAACAGAGGAGAUUUUUUUUUUUUUUUUUUUUUUUGUACCUGUGAUCUACCUGUUGGGUGAAUAACUAUGGAACAUGAUGAUGUCGUACACCAAUCAAAGGGAUAUCAUUGGUGAAAAAACAAAAGUUACGUGUAUGAAAUGUUUGGGUGAAUUACAUAAGAAAAAAUGUUGGGUGAAUGA